GGCGGUCGUUGUGAGGCCGCCAUCUUGUUUCUUUCGAGAGCCGUAAUGUGAUUGUGGCCUCAGAAUUAUACAGAUUUUGUGGUAUUUUUCGGAAAACUUCAAUAUAGUGUGACACAAUAGUUUAUAAGACAUAUUUAGUAUUGUCUGUGAAGUGCAUUAGUUUAAAGAAGUACAAUGGGACGAGGAAGGGAUCGUAGUCGUGAUAGACGACGCAGCCGAAGCCGGAGUAGGAGUCGAAGCCGCAGUCGCAGUCCUCGCUAUGGUCUUGGAUCGGGCGGCGGUUACGGUGGCGGUGGCGGUGGCGGUUAUGGCGGAGGCGGAGGCGGACGCCGCAACAACCCGGGCGCUAAUUUGCGUAAACCAAAAUGGGAUUUGAACAGACUUAAGCCUUUCAAGAAAGACUUUUAUGUUCCACACACAGACGUUGAAAACAGAUCAGAGUCAGAAGUAGAAGCAUGGAGGAGCGAAAAUGAGAUAACUUUGAAAGGCCGCAACAUCCCAAAACCGACGCUUACUUUUGAUGAGGCAGGUUUCCCGGAUUAUGUGAUGGACGAAAUAGAUAAAAUGGGCUUUUCAAGACCAACACCUAUCCAGGCACAAGGCUGGCCCAUUGCUCUCAGUGGUUAUGACAUGGUUGGCAUUGCUUCAACCGGCUCUGGCAAAACUCUUUCAUAUAUUUUACCUGCUAUAGUGCACAUCAAUAAUCAGCCCAAAUCUAGCCGAGGUGAUGGCCCUAUUGCUCUUGUAUUGGCUCCUACCAGAGAAUUAGCACAACAAAUUCAAGAAGUAUGUGACAAAUUUGCUAACACUUCCAAAAUUCACAAUACUUGUCUAUUUGGUGGUGCUCCCAAGGGCCCGCAAGCUAGGGACUUAGAUGCAGGUGUGGAAAUAGUGAUCGCAACUCCAGGACGUUUGCUUGAUUUCCUGGAAAGUGGUAGAACUAAUCUAAAACGCACAACAUAUUUAGUACUUGAUGAGGCUGACAGAAUGUUGGACAUGGGAUUUGAACCCCAAAUCCGGAAAAUCAUUGAGCAAAUCAGACCAGACAGACAAACCCUAAUGUGGUCUGCAACCUGGCCUAAGGAAGUACAAAGUUUGGCAUCAGAAUUCUUGAAAGAUUACUUACAAAUCAAUGUAGGUUCCUUGUCACUGGCAGCUAAUCACAAUAUUCUUCAAAUUAUUGAUGUUUGUAUGGAAUAUGAAAAAGAAACGAAAUUGAGUACUCUCCUUAAAGAGAUUAUGGCAGAGAAAGAGAAUAAAACCAUUAUAUUUAUUGAGACUAAGCGCAGGGUAGAUGACAUAACCAGAAAAAUGAAGCGUGAUGGGUGGCCUGCAGUGUGCAUUCAUGGUGACAAAUCUCAGAGCGAAAGAGACUGGGUACUGCAAGAUUUUCGAAGUGGUAAAGCUCCUAUUUUAGUAGCUACGGAUGUAGCCGCUCGUGGCUUAGAUGUGGAUGAUGUUAAAUUCGUCAUAAACUUCGAUUAUCCAAGCAACUCCGAAGACUACGUCCAUCGCAUCGGAAGGACAGGACGUACCAAUAAGACCGGAACGGCUUACACAUUCUUCACUCCCUCAAACGCAGCUAAGGCGGCCGAUCUAGUGUCCGUGUUGAAGGAAGCCAAACAAGUCGUUAAUCCCAAGCUACAGGAAUUAGCAGAACGUGGGGGUGGCGGUGGCAGACGGCACCGCGGCCGCGGCGGCAGAUAUCGCCGCGGCGGACGCCGUUCGCGCUCCCGUACACGCUCUCGCUCUCGCGACCGCCGCCGCCGCUCUCGCUCCCGCUCGCGCGACCGCCGCCGCCGCCGCCACAGCUCAUCCCGGUCUUCGCGCAGCAAGUCCUCGAGAUCGUCCAGAAGCCGUUCGCGUUCCCGCUCGCGCUCGCGUAGCCGCUCCCGCUCAGGCAAGUGCAGCCCACACAAGGACGCUCCUUCUGCCGGGCCGCAGCCCGCACCCCAAGCUCUGCUGCCGACGCCGAAACCUCUCCUUCCGACUCCCGUUAUCGGUCCCCAGUUGCCCCCGAACCCGGCUGACCGACCCGACGGCAAAGGUCCGGCGACGCCUCCCGGUCGCAAGGACGCCCCUCGAACUACUAGUAAUGAAGUUAGAAAUACAAAUAAUGACAAUUCAAAUUACGCGCGACAGAUGCAGGCGCCCCCUCCAAAUCAAGUGCCACCACUAAUGGGGCUCAAUCCUAUGAACAUGUGUAUGCCCCCCAUGAACGGCCAAGGGUUCGUGAUGCCCCCCUUCUUCCCCGCCGAGCAGUACGGCGUGAUGGUGCCGCCGUUCGCGGCCGGCGCCAUGGUCCCGGGCGGCUGGGGCCACCCGCCCCCGCCGCCGCCUCCCCCUCCCCCCUCCGCGCCGUCGGCGGCCAACGCUUACGACAAGUUUAAUUACGGACCGCACGGCUCGGGAGAGAGCGACCUCGAGCCAGAUUCCAGGAAGCGAGGACCUCGCAAAGGCGGGCUCGGCGGCUCGGACCAGGGCGCCUCCCGCGGCGGCCUCGGUGCCGACCCCCGCGGAGGCCUGGGCGGCCUCGGCGCGGACGCUCGCGGCGGGCUCGGCCUCGGCCUCGGCGCCGGCCUCGGCCUCGGCGCCGGCCUGGGCUCGGGCGGGGGCCUCGGCUCCGACGGCGGCGGCGGGCCUCGCGCCCGCGGCGGCCGCGACCGGCCCCGCCGACGCGGAAGAGGACGCGAUACCAACGAUUUUAACGAAUCUUCGGGUGGCGGCGGUCUCGGUUCGGACAAUGUCGAACCCUCGGGAUCCGGCGGCCUCGGCGGGGGCGCCGGGUCCGCUCCCGGCUUCGGGUUUCCCUCUGGCGGUCCCGACGUACCCCAUGGGAGCCUGCUGCCGCGCAUGCUUCCUCAGAAUGGCGGAGAGAUCGUGGGGCCGCAAGCUAAUUUCACAGCGUUCGGGUCCUAUGGACAAAAAUCCAACAAAAGACAGCAAAACGAACAGUACCAGAAUGAUUCUAAUAUGUAUAAUGGAGCUCCAUACAAUAACGGUUACGGUCCACAAGACAUGGGCCCGGGCAGACCGCAAGGUUUUGGUAUGUUUCCGAAUCAAACCGGUCCAGGCAAUGCGCAGGCCGGUGGCUCCAUGGGGUAUAACAAUGACCGCCAGAGGAAUCGCCAACGACGGUGAAAUUUUUGAGAAAACGGACACAAUGGGGAUUCGCGACGUCGCAGAAGAAGAUAGAACGCGGCCAAACCUCAACCAAGGAAGGAGUAAUAUUGACUGAAUCUUUCAGUGACAAUCUUGCAGUUACGCUAUCCGUAUAUUUCCUUCUUUGCUUAUGCAUAAAUCCUAUUUUUAUAUAUUUUAACUAGUAUCAUUAAUAUGAGAACAAAAAUAAUACAUUGAAAACAUUUCAGUAUAAUUGUAGAAUACCAUUCCAUGUAUUGUAUGUAUUUAGGGAUCACAUUUCUCAGUACUAGUAUUUUAUAGAAAGCUUCAAUAGUAUGUUUGACAUAAGAAUAUGAACUGUGUUUAAGAAUCUUAUUGAAAAAGAUCAUUUCAAUUAGUUUAGGUUAAUAUUAGACUUAGUAUACCAUAGAGUUCUUUCGCGGGACUGGGAUACCUUCUAAUCAUCUGCAAUCUCUUUUGCCCUAGGUACAAACAUGUAUUAGAGUGAUUUGUAUUUUAUUAUUAAUUAGCUUUUGUGUGGUGGUAUGUAAGUAAUUUCUUGAGUAGUUGGAAUUUAGAUUUGUUUCCAUUAAUCCUUAAAGCCUAAUACUCCCAGAGUUAUCUUUACACUUUCUUAGCAUCCAAAAUGUUGGCUAUGAAAGUGUUGUGUUGAAACUGAUCAUCCUUGGUUACUGCAAUUUUGCUAUUUUUAUUGUUCUUUUCAACAGUGUUAAAAUAAUUGUAAUUACUAUGGUACAUGUUUGUAAUUUCGUAACCCAUAUUUAUAGUCUAAUGGCGAAUUGUAAUUGAAUAUUGUGAGAUAAAUGAUUUGGUUAUUGUGGACAAGUACACUAAAAUGAGUAAAAUGCGAAGAAGGCAGCACACUGCAUAGAAGUGAUGCUGAUUGUAAUCAACUAUUAGGUAUACACAGUUUGUACAUACAUCAUGUAUGGUCUUAUAAAAUAAUGGCAGUAUAUCCUAGGCUGUCAUUAAUAAAUCCUGUAAUUCCAUUUUUCAUAUACAUCUCUGUAUAAUUACGUGAGCGUAAUAAAUAUUUGCACUUCAA